AUGACUCAAAGGGUCACCGAGUCUUUAAUCAACCCCACGCGCCUUACAGACCAUUUCAGACGCUCUCAACGAGCGUCACCUACGCUUGACUCAUGCUCAGACGCGUCGCCGCCGAGCGAUCGUCUUGCUGACUCGGUGGUCAUCAAAGUGUGUGUUUAUCAGCGUCAGUUUGUCAUGCGUUUUGUGCGUGACGCUAUUGCAAACGCGGUCGACAAACAUAUAGCGGCCGCUGACAAGCGCGGUCGUACCUAUCACGAGAAGCUCACCAUCGGCAAAAAGGUACUACUAUCGACAACAGGCAUCCAAGACACGGCUAUUACCAACGUUGGUGGAAACAAACUGGCGCCAAAGUUUAUUGGUCCCUUCAAGUUGAUAUAG